AUGGCCAAAGUGGAAAUUGACGUUGAUGACAUGCAUGAAAAUUCUCUUGAUAACAGUGCAGACAGUGAAUAUUUGGGCAUGGUCGAUGAAGGAUCUUACGGGAGCAACGAAGAAAGGUCCCAAUUAGUUUCGCAACCUUACGAAAACAGUGGCACAUAUAACUUUAAAGAUCUAUCUGGUUCAGUAACAUACAAAUUGAUUACAAUGGCAGGUGAUGAAUCAGGAACAAAUAUAGCACAUUCACCUACGCAUGGCAUCCACCAGGAGGCAGAAUACUUUGUUAUCAGCAACCCAGUAGAAGUGUUUGGAACAGGAACAACACCAAAGAAAGCAGUUCGUAGAGAUCCUAUGCAAGCAAAAGCAGUUACAGCAAAGAAGCGCGAUGACAAAAGGCGAGCUACACACAAUGAGGUAGAGAGACGUCGCCGAGAUAAAAUCAACAGUUGGAUCUCCAAAUUAGCUAAUCUUGUACCAAACUCUGGACUACCAGACUCCGCGAGCAAAGGAGGUAUUCUAGCAAAAGCGUGCGAUCACAUUACUGACCUUACAGAGAAACAGAAGAGAUUAGAGAAAUUGGAAGUGGAAAAUGAGAAACUAAUGUUAGAAAUAAUUAGACUCAACCAGGAACUAUCCGAAGUACGCAAAGAAAACAGUUCUAUGCGUAACCAGUUAGCAGACAAUUGCAUAGUAUUGCAACACAGGCCAAAGGGCCAGAAGUCCUAG